UCCGGUCGAUCCAGUUCGAUAACAAUUUGCUCGAGUUUCUCGAUCCGUACAUGUUCACCAGCACGCAGUUUCUGCUCGAGCUUAACCUGGCCGGCAAUCUGAUCCGUACGAUCACGGAGCACUCGUUCGCUAAUCUGAACAAUCUGACCGUGCUCGAUCUGAGCUACAACCAGCUGAUGCCGGUUAACUUCCGCGAGCUGUUCCAGAAUGUGCCACGGUUGCGGGUAUUGAAUCUACGGGCGACCGGAAUCUAUCGGUUGCCGACACUCGCCUUACCACAACUUGCGUCGCUCGAUGUCGCACAAAACAAUCUGCAGGAAAUCGAAUCGCAGGAGGAGCUUUAUCUGCUGCGAGAGCUUCGGAUCGAGGAGAACAAAAUCAGCAACAUAUCGAUCCUGCUGCGGAACCUUCCCGGUUCGUUGCGUGUGCUGGAUGUGUCGCGAAACCCGAUCCGGAAGCUUUCGUUCCACGAUUUCUCCGGCUCACGCCGACUCGAGGAACUGUACAUCGAGGACGUGAAGAUUGCAAACUCGGACGUUUUCAUCAAGCUGCACAACUUGAAGAAACUGAGGAUCGGAGCGCAGCAUAAUUUUAGUGAUCUAAUUUCGAAGCUGCGCGGACUGCAGGAGCUGUACGUGACGGUGUAUGAAGAGCAUCUUGGGGAGGGCCUCUUUACGGCGCGGAUGCACGCCAACACAAAGCUAAACGUGGUGGAAAUCACGGGCCGUCGGUUGGUGUCGAUCGCGAGCAAUGCAUUCGAGGGAUUGGCACGGAAUCACGAGCUUCGGUUGCGGAUACACAACACACUGGUGAACGAUCUACCGCCCGGUGUGUUCUAUGCCCUUAAGUACAUCCCACGGUUGAGCAUCGAUCUGUCGGAUAAUCUGCUGGCGGCGCUUGCACCGGACAGCUUCUACCCCAACACUAGCUCAUGGGAUGCGGUUGGGACGAGGAGUGUACUCGGGGGGCUCGAUGUGUCCAACAAUCCGUUACAGUGUGAGUGUGGACUGGUGUGGCUUGGACACUGGCUGAGGCGAUGGUUACGCGAAACGGCCCAGGUCAAUCUGAUCUCGAAGGAUGAAAUGAAGCAGAUGAUCCGGCGAGCCAAACGGAGCUCCUGCACGGAUCCACUGACCGGUAAGCGGUUACCGUUUCUGGAGAUCUUCCCCGAGGAUCUGCUGUGCCACGCGAGCGCCCUGAGCAGUUUAGCGCUGAAGCUGCGCUUCCGCUUUAUGCUAAUCUGUCUCAAUAUGCUGCUCAUCGUGCUCCACAAGUCCCGCACGCUCAUACUGUAAUUCCCGCCUUCGUUCGUGAGUGUGCGCCAGUGUGGAGUGACACCACGCUCCGUUCGUCGACCAUCCUCUCCUCACAUCGUAGUGUAGUGUGCCAACACACGGUUCAGCGCAAAAACAGGAAGCCAACCAACCGAUCAUCCUUGUCACGUGAGUGUUUUCAUCAUUCCA